GAAAUGGGAAACAGUAACAAUGUGACGGAAUUUGUCCUCCUUGGCCUCACCCGGGAUCCUGAAGGGCAAAAAGCAUUAUUUGUCACGAUUUUACUGACCUACAUUGUGACAAUAAUGAGCAACCUGCUCAUUGUGGUGACUGUUUUUGGCAGCCCCUCUCUGGGCUCCCCCAUGUACUUCUUCCUCACCUAUCUGUCACUCAUGGAUGUUGUUUAUUCCACUGUCAUCACUCCCAAAUUGAUUAUAGACUUACUCUGUGACAAAAAGACAAUUUCCUUCCCAGCUUGCAUGGGCCAGCUCUUCCUAGAACACUUGUUUGGGGGUUCUGAGGUCUUCCUCCUGAUUGUGAUGGCCUAUGAUCGCUAUGUGGCCAUCUGUAGGCCGCUGCGUUACUUGACUAUCAUGAAUCGACAGGUUUGCAUUCUGCUGUUGGUGGUGGCCUGGGUUGGAGGUCUUAUGCACUCUAUGGUUCAACUUCUCUUUGUGUACAACCUCCCGUUUUGUGGCCCCAAUGUCAUUGAUCACUUCAUCUGUGACAUGUACCCAUUACUGGAACUUGCCUGCACUGACACCUACUUAAUAGGCCUCACUGUUGUUGCCAAUGGUGGAGCCAUCUGCAUGGUCAUCUUUAUCCUUCUGCUCAUCUCGUACGGAGUCAUUCUAAAUUCUCUUAAAAGUCACAGUCCAGAAGGAAGGCGCAAAGCCCUGUCCACCUGCAGUUCCCACACCACAGUGGUUGUCCUCUUUUUUGUUCCCUGCAUUUUCAUGUAUGUUAGACCUGUUUCCAACUUGUCCAUUGAUAAAUCCAUAACUCUGGUUUAUACAGUUAUCACUCCCAUGUUAAAUCCUUUAAUAUACACCUUGAGAAAUUCGGAGAUGAAAAAUGCUAUGGAAAAAUUCUGGUGUAAAAAUGUAACCAAAAGUAAAAUAAGCAUGUGUCACUGA